UCAUCGGUCUUCGUCUACGAUGAUUCUAAUGGCUUAACAACUCCUCCUUCCAGAGCAGACCGAAUCGCUCUAAACCUUUCUCAUUCCCGAUCAUGGCGUCUGGUUCCCCUCAAUCACGCAUCGAUCAGUUUUUCGCUUCAAAGAAGAGGAAACCCUUGUCCCCUGGUUUGAAAUCUGGAAGAAUUGAAAAAGAUGCACAAUCUAGAGUUGAAAGUUCGCCUAAUACUAAAGGCACCUUGGACAAUUACCUAAGAGUUUCUCAGGUUGGUGAGGAUGCUGUUAGGCCUGCAUGCGUCUCCUCUAGAAGAAAUUUGGCUUUGGAUAUUGAUAAUUCGUCUAGAAAUGAAAAUGAAAGGCCAUUGUCUGCUCAAUUGCAUUCUCAAAGUUCUAUGUCAUUUGAGAAGUUUCAGAAUGAAUUAUCUCAGGGAACAUCCAAGAUGGAUAAUGCUGCAGUAGAAGAUCUUUCAAAUGAUCAUUUCCUUAGUGUCCAAGGCAUGAAAAGUGCAGAAUUGAAACAAUUUGCAGCUGAUUUUUUGUCUCUAAAUAGCAGUGGAGUUCAAUCUCAUAUAAGUUCAGAGCCAAAGAUGAAUGAUCAUAAGAGACAAGGUGGUCCUUUGCUGAAUGGAGAGGAUAAAACAUCAAAUAAGAGGCAUUGUGUUUUCAGUCAGUUGCAAACAGAAGGUGAAACUGAGUGCUUUAAUAAGAAGAAUCUUGAAGUAAUUCAGUCUUCUUUGGCUAUGGGAGUUGAAGAAAAUGUUCUCAAUCCUUCAACAGAAGUAAUUGUUAACAAUCCUGUUGAGCUUCAAACAACUUUAAGAAAAUGCAGUGGAGAAUCCAAAUCCAUCCUGAAUACAACCGAAUUCAGCACCCCUGGUUCUUUGACUGUUAAAGCACGUAUUCAUCAGACACCACAAUCAAUGCGUGGGAGCUCCAUGUUUUCACCUGGAGAAGCAUUUUGGAAUGAGGCAAUUCAAAUUGCUGAUGGUUUAUUUGCUCAAACUGAUAACCUUUCUCCUCAAGUUGCCGAAGAAAUUAAUAAUCAAAUGAGUCAACACAAGACACAUAAUUCGUACAAUUUGGGAAGUAAAAGCACUGUUGAAAAAGCCAGGGAAAUGUUGGUUGAAGGUGUGAGCAGCAUUCGACCUGCAGGAGUUGGUGAAUCUUUGGAAUCAGUAGGGGAGCACAAGAAAGAGAUACAAAAAGAAGUCUCUCCCCUACCUGUCAAGCAUCUUGAUUUUUCAUUUGAGGAAAAAAAUAUUGAGCUGCAAGAUGCUGGGCUGCCUGAGUGUGAUUCUGUAACCCACAAAAGUCCAUCAACAACUAAAAUGGCAACACAUGGCCACAAUAUGGAGACAACAGAAGAGGUGCUUGAAGGACAAGGAACAACAUCUGUUCUUGCAGUGGCCAAAAGGAAAGGGGCAUUAUCAAUUGAAGAUAAUGACAGAAUAAAGUCUAUAACACCAGUUGAUCAAAUUAAGAACCCAACUAGUAUUAGUACUAGUGUAUCCACUGAAGCUGGUACCCCAUCAAGUUCUGUUAUACUUAAAGAUCACUUAAGCCUUAAAAGUUGGCUUCCUGCAGAAAUUUGCAGCAUCUAUAAAAGGAAAGGAAUAUCAGAACUGUAUCCAUGGCAGGUUGAUUGCCUUCAGGUAGAUGGUGUGCUGCAGAGAAGGAACCUUGUAUAUUGUGCAUCUACAAGUGCUGGCAAAAGCUUUGUUGCAGAAAUUCUGAUGUUGCGUCGUGUCAUAUCAACUGGAAAAAUGGCAUUACUUGUGCUUCCUUAUGUUUCAAUAUGUGCAGAAAAGGCAGAACAUCUGGAGGUCCUUCUUGAGCCACUGGGCAAACAUGUACGAAGCUAUUAUGGAAAUCAGGGUGGUGGAACUCUUCCUAAAGAUACUUCUGUAGCUGUUUGCACAAUAGAGAAGGCAAACUCUUUAAUUAAUAGACUGUUGGAAGAGGGUCGUCUGUCAGAGAUUGGAAUCAUUGUGAUAGACGAAUUACACAUGGUUGGAGAUCAGAGCAGGGGUUAUCUUUUGGAACUUCUGUUGACAAAACUUCGUUAUGCAGCUGGGGAAGCCAUUUCAGAAUCAAGCAGUGAAGAAAGUUCAGGCACCAGUAGUGGCAAGGCUGAUCCUGCUCGUGGUUUGCAAAUUGUUGGCAUGAGUGCAACGAUGCCAAAUGUGGAAGCUGUUGCUGACUGGCUUCAAGCAGCACUGUACCAGACUGAAUUUCGACCUGUUCCACUUGAGGAGUAUAUUAAAAUUGGGAACAUGAUUUACAACAAGAAGUUGGAAAUUGUUAGAACAAUUCAUAGAGCAGCUAACCUUGGUGGAAAAGACCCAGAUCAUGUUGUGGCACUGUGCAAUGAGGUUGUUCAAGAGGGUCAUUCAGUAUUAAUAUUUUGCUCCAGUCGAAAAGGAUGUGAAUCAACUGCACGUCAUGUUUCGAAAUUCCUCAAGAAAUUUUCUUUUUCUGUCCCUGAUGAUAAUGGUGAGUUUGUUGAUAUUACUUCAGCUAUUGAUGCCCUAAGAAGAUGUCCUGCUGGAUUGGAUCCUAUAUUGGAAGAAACCCUUCCAUCCGGUGUAGCAUAUCAUCAUGCUGGCCUCACGGUUGAGGAAAGAGAGAUUAUUGAAACCUGCUACCGCAAAGGCCUUGUUCGUGUUUUAACUGCCACAUCAACUUUAGCUGCUGGAGUUAACCUGCCUGCUAGGAGAGUCAUUUUUCGACAACCGAGGAUUGGUCUUGAUUUCCUUGAUGGGACAAGGUACAAACAGAUGGCUGGUCGGGCUGGUAGAACAGGAAUAGAUACAAAGGGAGAAAGUGUGCUUAUUUGCAAACCAGAAGAGGUCAAGAGAAUUAGUGGACUCCUUAAUCAGGGCUGCUCACCUUUGCAAUCUUGUCUAUCUGAAGAUAAGAACGGAAUGAUUCAUGCAAUUCUGGAAGUUGUGGCUGGUGGGAUUGUUCAAACUGCAAAUGAUAUUAAUCGAUACGUUAGGUGUACUCUUCUCAAUUCUACUAAACCAUUUGAAGAUGUGGUGAAGUCAGCACAGGAUUCUCUUAGGUGGUUGUGCCACAAGAAAUUUCUUGAAUGGAAUGAUGAUACCAAGUUAUAUGGUACCACACCUCUUGGACGUGCAUCUUUUGGCAGUUCCCUCUCCCCGGAAGAGUCCCUGAUUGUGUUGGAUGAUCUUUCAAGGGCAAGAGAAGGCUUUGUGCUUGCAUCUGAUUUGCAUUUAGUUUAUCUAGUAACUCCAAUAAAUGUUGAUGUUGAACCCAAUUGGGAGUUGUAUUAUGAACGCUUCAUGGAGUUGCCUCCUCUUGAGCAGUCAGUUGGCUAUCGAGUUGGAGUGGCUGAACCCUUUUUGAUGCGCAUGGCACAUGGUGCACCUAUACGAACUUCAAAUAGAUCAAGAGACAGUCUGAAAGGGCUGCAUGGAAAUGAAAAUCAAAUUGGGAUCAGCAAAAACAAUAUGCUUUCAGAUGAGCAGACCCUUCGAGUGUGCAAAAGAUUUUAUGUUGCUCUAAUGUUGUCAAGAUUAGUACAGGAAGCACCUGUAUGUGAGGUUUGUGAAGCCUUUAAAGUGGCAAGAGGCAUGGUUCAAGCCUUACAAGAGAAUGCUGGAAGGUUUGCAUCUAUGGUUUCUGUGUUCUGUGAGAGACUUGGGUGGCAUGAUCUAGAAGGCUUGGUUGCAAAGUUCCAAAAUCGAGUUUCCUUUGGAGUGAGGGCAGAGAUAGUAGAACUGACCACUAUUCCGUAUGUGAAGGGAUCACGAGCUAGAGCACUUUAUAAAGCUGGCUUGCGCACACCUCUGGCGAUUGCUGAAGCAUCAAUUGCUGAGAUUGUCAAAGCUCUGUAUGAAUCUUCAUCAUGGGCUGCUCAAGAAAGUUCAGCACAACGACGCAUGCAGUUGGGAGUGGCCAAGAAGAUCAAGAAUGGUGCACGGAAAAUUGUUCUUGAUAAAGCUGAAGAAGCCAGGAUUGCUGCCUUCUCAGCUUUUAAAUCACUUGGAUUUAGUGUCCCACAGUUCUCAAGUCCAGUAUUAUUGAGUGCUAGCAGUCCAAGUGUGCGAGGAGUUGCAACCAAUGUUAUGGAUGACUCUCUUGGCAGCUUCAUUGGAGUUGAGGAAAUAGGACAUGUUUCAGCUAAGCCAAUGAUUGGAGGAAAUGAGUAUUUGGUUAAAAUUUCUUCAGAAAAUGAAGGAAAAGAAACCUCUAUUCCUAAAUUAGUGGCUUCAACUCCUAAUGUAAACUCAGCUAGUGCUUUUCAAUGUAAUUUCAAUGCUGAAAAUCAUGAAGUUCCUGUUGAGUUACCUGUAAUUGAAAGUGAGGAGCUUACUGCAAAUGUUCCUCAUACCAAAAGUGUAGUCACUGGAACUGAUAUUGGAACCAUAAUAUGUGUUGGAGAUCACAUUCAAGGAGUACAAGAUCAGACCAAGCAAGAUCUUUGUCUUGGCAGCAAGGGCAGUUUUGGCGAAAAUGGUCCGAUAAAUGCAACUAGUAUUCCUGGUGGUUUUGAUUCUUUCUUGGAGCUGUGGGAGUCUGUACAAGAAUUCUGUUUUGAUAUUCAUUACAACAAACGAUCAGAAGUUAACUCCACUGCCCCCUUUGAGAUACAUGGCAUAGCAGUAUGUUGGGAAAAUUCUCCUGUGUAUUAUGUUAAUCUCCCCAAGGAUUUAUCAUGGUCUAACAGCAGAAGAAAUGAUUUCCCUUCCUUGUCUGCAUCUAAUUUUAACUGCAGCAAUCUGUCUCCUGAGCAUUGUUUGGAGUUGGUCAAAGACAGAUGGAAAAGGAUUGGUGAAAUAAUGGGAAAAAGGGGUGUUCGAAAAGUUACUUGGAACUUGAAAGUUCAGAUUCAAGUGCUUAAAAGUCCUGUAGUUUCCCUUCAAAGAUUUGGUUUUAUGAAUCUUGAGGGGAAAGAUACAGGUAUUAAACUUGUAGAAAACUCAUACUUGCCCUUGCCUUUGGUUCUUGUAAGGGAUGGAAUUGACAUGUGCAUUGUGGCAUGGAUUCUCUGGCCGGAUGAGGGGAGAAGCUCUAGUCCAAACUUGGAGAAGGAAGUUAAGAAAAGAUUAUCCAGUGAGGCUGUAGCAGCUGCUAAUCAGUGUGGCAGAUGGAAGAAUCAGAUGCGGAGAGCUGCACAUAAUGGUUGUUGUCGUCGAGUUGCUCAAAUACGUGCCCUGUCUUCUGCUCUUUGGAAGUUACUGAUCUCUGAAGAACUUAUUGAAGUGCUUUUGAAUAUUGAAACUCCAUUGGUCAACGUUCUUGCUGAAAUGGAACUUUGGGGAAUUGGCGUUGAUAUGGAAGGAUGCCUUUGGGCACGUAAUCUGUUAGGGAAGAAGCUUAGGUGUCUUGAGAAGGAAGCUUACAAGCUGGCUGGCAUGACAUUUUCCUUGUAUACAGCAGCUGACAUUGCAAAUGUGCUAGAUGAACAUCCCAUUAUUCCAGUCAUUAGAGAGCAUAGAACGUUGGCAAAGCUCUUGAAUUGUACUUUGGGAUCAAUUUGUUCACUAGCUAGGUUGUCAUCAAGCACUCAGAAAUAUUCACUACAUGGCCGCUGGCUUCAAACAUCAACAGCAACUGGACGACUUUCAAUGGAGGAACCUAAUCUUCAGUGUGUUGAGCAUAUGGUUGAGUUCAAACUCAGUAAAAACAAAAAUGAAGAUGAGGUCAGUGCUGAUCACUAUAAAAUCAAUGCUCGUGAUUUCUUUGUGCCAACUCAGGAUAAUUGGCUACUGUUGACAGCAGAUUAUUCUCAGAUAGAAUUGCGGUUGAUGGCACACUUCUCUAAGGACUCCGCAUUGAUUGAACUCCUCAGUAAGCCGCAGGGAGAUGUUUUUACCCUGAUGGCAGCAAUAUGGACUGGGAAGCAAGAAGAUUCUAUUGGUUCACAUGAGCGAGAUCAAACCAAAAGGUUAGUCUAUGGUAUUCUUUAUGGAAUGGGUGCCGACACUCUUGCAGAACAACUAAAUUGCAGUUCAGAUGAAGCUAAAGAAAAAAUUAAGAGCUUUAAAAGCUCGUUUCCUGGUGUCACAUCUUGGCUUCAUGAAGCAGUCUCAGCUUGCCGUCAGAAGGGGUACGUGCAAACUCUCAGGGGAAGAAAGCGAUUCUUGUCAAAAAUAAAAUUUGGAAACAGUAAAGAAAAAUCAAAAGCUCAGAGACAAGCUGUGAAUUCUAUUUGUCAGGGGUCUGCUGCUGACAUAAUCAAGAUAGCGAUGAUUAGAAUCUACUCUGUGCUUGUUCAAGGGGCUAAUGAACUAGAUGUAGAUUCUAACUCAACAAUUGCGGCUAAGUUUCAUAUGCUGCAUGGUCGCUGCAGAAUUCUUUUGCAGGUUCAUGAUGAACUAGUAUUGGAAGUUGAACCAUCUGUGAUAAAAGAAGCCACAUGGUUGCUGCAAAUGAGCAUGGAAAGUGCUGCCUCACUUUUAGUUCCAUUGCGUGUGAAACUUAAAGUUGGAACAACAUGGGGCUCUUUGGAACCUUUCUCAGCUGGUCAAGAUGUAGGGGAAGUCAUAUCCAAAUCUUGAAUCACUGAGAGUAAAGUACACAGGAGAACAGAAUUUGAUUGAAUGCAGAUUGAAUGAAUCUGGCUGUUGUCACUAUCCCUUCAUGUUGAGGAGAUACAUAGAAGGACUUAUUAGGUUGGUUAAGGGGGCCACUCAAUGAAAUUUGCUAUUAUAU